ACCAACUUCGUGUAUUUUGGCCCACGGUUAUUUAUUCGCUUGGGUGGAAUAGCAUGGUUGGCUUCGGUCCGGGGACAUAUAUCAAUGGGCCUCUAUCGCUCAUUAGAGCUCUUGACCAUCAAGAACUCUGCAACGCCGCUAGCUAACGCCAUAAGCCCGAGAAUUGUUGCUAAUGUGACUCGAAAUUCUACUACGGCUAAACAUGGCCAAUUUUUGGGUCGCCGCUGGCAAUCCAGCUUGACAUGUGUGUCUAGCCAACUAGUUACAGACAGUCACGGCCAUACGCGUUCAAAGGGUUACGGAACUCCUUCACCUCUGACUUGGAGAUGCAUUAGAUCAAGUUUACGGGGCAAUCGAACUUACAACUCUCAGUCUGGUCGCAGAACGCAAGGUACCACAGCACAAGACGGUGGCUCUACCAAUAAAAUACUGCCAGACAACGGGGCUGCUGGGGCUAAAAUUUCACAGCGCCAGGGGCACAUCAGGCUGCCUGUUUCAGGACACACUGUCCUGGAUAUUGAUGUGAAUUCCCAGCAGAUAUCGCACUUAUCUCAGGGUAUAACGCCCCCGUCGCCGAAAUACUGGGACCAUAGAUUGUUGAAAAACCAAGAUGGAGAAACUGUGCCCAUACAUUACUGCUACUCCCUCAAACACACAGAGAGCGUAGCACAACUAUUCCUUGAUGAAACAGUGCUGGGAUUUGACCUUGAAUGGCAACCUCAGGCCUCCAAGUACAGUACACUCCAAGAGAAUGUUUCGCUCAUUCAGCUCGCCAGUCGUGAUCGAAUCGCACUUUUCCACGUCUCUCGGUUCAAACCAGCAUGUAAUCUCGAGGACCUCGUAUCUCCAACGCUCAAAAAGAUUCUGGAGAACCCAGGUAUCACAAAGACCGGCGUAGCGAUAUCAAAUGAUUCUACUCGUCUUCGGAAAUAUCUGGGGAUUGAGGUCCGCGGCAGAUUCGAGCUCAGCCACCUUUAUAAACUCAUCAAAUACAACGACUCCGACCCAAGUUUGAUCAACAAACGUCUCAUCAGCCUUAACCAGCAGGUUGAAGAACACCUCGGGCUUCCAUUAAAGAAAGACUCGGACGUGCGGUGCAGCAACUGGAAUCGCGCGCUUACACACAACCAGGUCUUUUAUGCCGCUGCCGACGCAUAUGCCGGCUUCCAUCUGUUCCAUAUUAUGGAUGCAAAGCGAAAAGCGCUUGAUCCUGUACCACCUCUACCAGCACAUGCUGAACUGAACCGCCCGAUACGAGUUGCGCACGCCCGGAAGACGGGUGUGCAAUUGGAACCUGCUGGUGCUCGUAACACUGGGCCUAUGAGUGGGGUAGAAUCUUUUUAGAAGGCGUUCACAGACCAUUUAAUUUUGGAAACAUACUGCUGGCGGUAUGUCACCGAUAAUUCUUGUACAUACUUACUAUCUAGUGGCGUGUUAUGGGUUUUCGGCACGGAACAUGGCGCCCAACCUUAGAAACGUCUUUAGCACGUACAAUUGGAUUGUGCCACGGCUGAGAUCCGUUAUGGAGCCCCGGCUAUUGUAAAUAUGCAUCUUAUAAAAUAAUUAUCAGACGGGAUCAAUAGUGCGCAUAAUAUAUUAAAUGCUCAAUAAACAGUC